AUGGAAAACAUGGACGCUGUGUGUCAUUUGUGUCUCGAUGGUGAAAAUAACGUCCUAAUUUCAUUAGAGGACCAAGAACUAGCAGCGAAGGUUGAUCGUGUAUUUUACUUUGAGAUAACGCAUUUUUCACAGUCAAGUGGAAUUAUCUGUGAUGCAUGCAAGCGGGUCAUAGAAGCGUUUUACGAAUAUGCAGAAAAAGUAGCACAGAAUCAGGCGUAUUUGAGAGAAAAGAUACACACGGAGCUAGCGAAAGUACAGGAACAUCAAACGGAGGAUGGUUAUAAAAACCGGGCCAAUGUUGUUGAUUCGUUGGCCGAGGUUAUAAUUAAUCUGGAUGAUUCUUCGUGCGAGAAUCGGCUGGAAGAGUUAAUCGAAAGACGCGAAACAAACAAAAAUCCUUCAGAGGCAAGUGAUGACGGUACAGAGGAUGAUGAUGAUUCGGCAAGCUGGUCCAAACAAAACUGGUUGCCCGAUGGUGAUGAUUCUCAAGACAGUGAGAUACUUCCCUGUAGUUCCAAAAGGACAAAACUCUCUACGCAAUCCGCUCCGAGCGUAUCAAAGAAAGCAAAAGCAAAAAAAUUAACUGAAAAGGUUGAACAAAACAAAGCGAACAGCAAUCAAUCAUCGACCCAAGCUUCUGCCGAACGGCUUGUUCUGGAACAUCACAAGCUGACGUGCGAUCUCUGUUCGGCUUCGCUGUCCGAUUUUAACGAUCUUCACAAACACUACAAACUCGAACACAAUGUAAAGGGCUAUCUGCGGUGUUGCAAUCGGAUGAUUCACAAGAAAUGUUGGAUGAUCGAACAUCUCCAGCUACACAUCAAUCCGAACACUUUCCGGUGCGAGCAGUGCGCUAAAAAUUACUCCUCCAGCAAAGUGCUCAAAGAACACAUGAAGGAAGUCCAUGCAUCGAACGAGCAACGUUCCAUUCCCUGCACCAAGUGUCAGAAAACGUUCGUAUCCCGUUCACAUCUCAAUGCACACUUCAUGGUCGCUCACGGUACGGUGCCUUGUCCGCAGUGCGAAAAGGUGCUAGCGAGCCAGGGUUCACUGCGCAAACAUCUGGUGGCGGUGCACGGCGAAGGGGAGAAGCAUGUGUGUGAGGUGUGUGCGCGCAUUUUCCGCUCCAAGCAGUGCUUAGAUGCGCACCGGAAAGAGCACGAAGGACGCCAGCUCGAGGAUAAGGUGCAGUGUGAACAGUGUAAGGUUUGGCUGAUGAAUAAGUACUGCCUCCGGAAGCAUGUGCGUCGCAUGCACCUGCAAAAGCAAGAGGAAGAAGUUGAGUGUGAAACGUGCGGGAAAAUGGCACCGAACAGGGAAGCGCUAAGUAAUCAUAUCCGCCGAACGCACCGGGAGAAACCGUUGGAGUGUAAUUGGUGCGAUAAGAAAUUCAAUCGGCCCCAUCAUAUGCGGGAACAUGUCGCUAUUCACCACACUGGAGAGCAACUGUACGGCUGUUCGCACUGUACGGAACGGUUCAACACAAACAACAAACUUUAUUUGCAUCGCAAAACCGUUCACCCGGAGGAGUACGAGGAGGAGCUUAGGAAGCGAAAGUUAAAAGAACUAUAA